AUGGUCAAGCUGCAACCUAAUCACAAGAUAGAUAUCGAGUCUGCCUACGCUAGAUUCACUGUACCUGUCCCGAGUAGUACAAGCUGGAGUGAGAUAGCUGACGAAGCCCUGGUGUUCGAGCUUGGCAUCGACGACGACUCAGAAGCUGAUCAAAGUCAUCUAUCGAUCAACGGGCGACUUCUCGAGCUCAAUAUUACUUCACUCGCUCACCAAACAGAGUCUGGCACUCUUGACGUGGUGGACACUACUGGCGAUCAUCGCAGUCUUGCAUUCUUUGUCUCCCUCGACCCACCUGAUGAGAGCUCUGUUCGUCUUCUUCAAUUCCAAGCUGGUCCUUCAAGUCCCUCGGAUCAUGAUAGUGUAGCCUUCGCCGCGAGGUUGGAUGAUGCUAGUGCUCGAUCACUGUCACUGUUGAGCCUGAUCAUUCGUCCAAAUCUAAGAGGGCCAGGAAUCAGUUUUGACCUCGUGAACGGCACUCUCACUACAGUCUCCGGCACGAUUGAUCUCGAUACAAUGGCACCGAAGAACGAGAAACAUGUCAGCUUCGAUCUCGUUGACGAGCUGGAAUCGCUCCAUGUGCUGGAAGCCGAAGCAGAGGAUCUGAAGGCUGUGAUUGCGACAAAGAAGCAAACCAUCGCCAAGCAUCUGCGGGAACAUCGUGAUCGGACUUCCCUUCGCCAACUGCUGGAGGAGUGUGAUGGUCUGCUCUGUUCAGCUCGUGUCCUAGCCCAGAAGAUUUGCGAUAAGGUGGACAACAUGGCCGACCGUACGAAGGGUUACGUGGUGGUACAAGACUCGCAAAUACAAGCAGGACUGCAGGAUGCUCAGUCUUUCAUACCACAAAAGGCCCGGAAUUGCACGAAGAGCAAGAGCAUUGCUCAGAGCUCUGGCUCGGCAGAGAGUGCCAGCCUGCCUUUCAUGGUCACCAAGAAUGGGACCAGUGCUCAAUAUCACUUUGAAGAUCUUACCGACGCCUCAAAUCCACUCGCCCGAGCAAUGGCUAUAAUUGCUACCCUACUUGGUCUUGUGGCACUAUGUCGGUUCGUUCGCCGCCGCUGCAUGUCCAUGCGCACUCGCGUUGAGCGCGCUGCCGAUCGUGAAGAGCGGCGGAAUGCUCGCGCAUAUCGAAAGGCAGCUCGACGCGCUGACAUGCGCAAACGGUGGGACGCACUCGUGGGCUGCUUUCGACCAGCUGAGCCGCCAAGGAUGGAGGACUACGAUGAGAAGCGAGCGCUUAUUCUCCAAGACGCUUUCCUUGAACACAUUGAGGAUCUCGACCAGGCAGAGAAGGGCCAGAUCAUGGAGGCGGAGAUUCGGGAGCUGAGACACGCUCAUGAAAUUGUUGCGAGCCUCGUUCGAGUCGACCGUGAAAGAUACGACAUGACACCACGAAAUGAUCCGCCGCCACCCCUUGUACCACUACCAUAUACACCUGACUCCCGCAGCCGGGCAAGCACACACACCUUACCAUCAUACACAGCCGAGAGCUUGCCGGACUACUCAUCGCGACCUCCUACCUUAGCAGAGAGUAACAUGAGCGACAGUCUUGUUGAUGGCUUCCCAGGAUACACACCAACAGCAUCAAACAAUAGCGGCGAAGGACGCACAGCACCGCCAUCGAUCACGAGCAGUGGUCGGACGCGGGUCACACAGAUCAGCAGUGUCCCGGAUAUCUCGCCGAGAAUGAGCGAGGAGACAUUGCAGAUGAGGCAGAGCAGAGAUGCAUAA